GUGCAUAUGGUGUGCCUUCGGGGACAUUGAGGUGAUCACGAAGGAAGCAAGCAAAAAAGAAUGGAGAAAGUAGCCAGACUAUCAGAGGAGCCCUUUCGAGGAAGCCAACGCUCCCCUCCUCCUCCUGACAAGGUAAGCUCCACAUAUAUCUCACAUGUCCAGUGCUGCCACACACCUAAUAAGGAUUCCUGUAGCUCUCUGCUGCCAAGAUGUCCAGUAACACACUGUCCUGUUUGUGCAUGGAGUCCAGGUCCCUUUUGCAGGCCCUUGACACUCUUACCCAAAAGGAAUUUCACUGGUUCAUCCCCAGAGGCUUCCCGUGUCCUGAGGGGGGCUCGUGUGUUGGCAAGGAGAGAAACUGAUGGCUAUUACUACCCGGGCCACAUUGUCCAGGAGGUGAAGGGCUCGAGGGAACGAUUUUUAAUUGAGUUUGACCAAAGUUGUGCUCUGAAGGGCAAAGUCCAGCGUGGCCAGCAGGAAACACCUCUCUAUGACAUUCUGCACUACGAGGAUGCCCGGCGACACCCUCUUGCUCCAGGGGACAGGGUCUUGGCACCAUGGGAGGCUCCAGCCAAACGUUUUGGCCCUGGCACUGUGCUAAGGGUUGUGGAGAGCACAGAGGCACCUUUAGGCUCUGCGGAUUCCCCUGCCCCUGAGUGAACGCAUCAUCCUGGAGCUGCAGAUGCCUUUGGCAGCCCGGCAGAUGGUGGUAGAUUCAAGCUUGGAUUACCCAUACCUUGUAGCACCGGGUUAUAGAGCCUCAGGGCACUACAGACAGGGUCACCUGGAGGUGGACUGCUGCCCAGGGGCUCUGUAUUCCACUCAUCCCUGUGCAAAGUGCAGCUG